AAGCAGAUGCCAUCAUAGCGGUGACAGACAGUCAUCCCUUUCACGAGCGGCCAUCGAUAUUAAUCCCUAAUCAUUCUCGGUCACAAUGGCCUCCAGAGGCGAUCAUGAGGUCCAGCACCUCCGAAAGGCAGCCGAAAACGAGGUCGAGGAGAAGCUGGGCCAGUCGGCCAUCUUCGAGGCCAAGCAGGCGUCGGAUGAAGAGCAUGCCCAGACCCUCAAGCAGGCGCUCAGUCAGAACAGAAAGGCGGUUUUCUGGUCUGUCAUGAUUUCCAUGUCGAUUGUCAUGGAAGGAUACGACGUCAUCUUGAUCAACAACUUCUUUGCGUACCCGGAGUUCCAGAGGAAGUAUGGCCGCUGGUAUGGCCCGGAUAUCGGGUACCAGGUCUCCGGGCCGUGGCAAACAGGCUUGACGAUGGCUGCUACCGUCGGCGCCAUCUUUGGUGGCUUGAUGAACGGAUAUUUCGCGUCCAAGUACGGGUACAGAUGGGUCAUGAUCGGGGCCAUGUUCUUCCUGAACUGCUUCAUCUUUGUCGUCUUCUUCGCCCACUCGGCCGCGAUGCUUCUCGUGGGACAGAUCCUGUGCGGUCUGUCGUGGGGUGUCUUCGCGACCCUCAGUCCCGCGUAUGCUUCCGAAGUCUGUCCGACCAACCUGCGAGGUUACAUGACGACAUACGUCAACCUUUGCUGGGCAAUUGGUCAGCUGAUUGCUGCUGGUGUCCUACGCGGGUGCCUCGGUAUCGAGGGCGAAAUGGCGUACCGCAUUCCGUUUGCCAUCCAAUGGCUUUGGCCCGUGCCGUUGAUGAUCAUCUCGUACUUCGCCCCAGAGAGUCCCUGGUACCUCGUGCGCAAAGACCGUCUCGACGAGGCCAGGCGCUCCAUCGAGCGGCUCAGCGGCGACAAGACGCAGGACCAGAUCAACGCCCAGCUGGCCAUGAUGGUCCACACCACCAGGGUCGAGUCUGGCGUGACCGCCGGGGUGACGUACCUGGACUGCUUCAAGGGCUUUGACCUGCGCCGCACCGAGAUCUGCUGCGUCGCCUUCGCCGGCCAGGUCAUGUCCGGCAGCAGCUUCGCCUACACGCCGACCUACUUCUUCACGACGGCGGGAAUGGACGUCGCCAACGCCUUCGAGCUCAGCCUGGGCGCCAAGGGCAUGGCGUUCAUCGGCACCGUGAUGUCAUGGUGGCUCAUCUCGUACUGGGGCCGCCGCCCUAUCUACGUCGUUGGUAUCGGCUCGCUCACCGUCAUUCUCUUCAUCGUCGGCAUCCUCGACGUCUCCGCGGGCGAUAGAGGCCUGUGGCCGUCGGGCGGUCUCUGCGUCUUCUGGCUUUUCAUCUAUUCACUCACGAUUGGCCCGAUUACCUACAGCAUCAUUAGCGAGACGUCGUCAGUCCGUCUCCGCCCCCUCACCGUUGUGCUCUCCCGGAACGCAUACCAGCUGGUCAACAUUGUUUCGCAGGUUCUUCAGACUUACAUGAUGAACCCUACCGAGUGGAACUUGAAGGGGAAGGCCGGGUUCUUCUGGUCCGCCACGGCCGGCAUCAUAUUUGUGUGGUCAUACUUCCGUCUUCCCGAGUGCAAGGGCCGCACGUACGAGGAGUUGGACAUGCUGUUUGCCAGGAAGGUUUCCGCGAGGCAGUUCUCAAAGGCCCACGUGGACGCAUAUGCCUCCUCCAAACAAGUCGAGGAUGUGAUGGAGGCUGGGCCACGGAAGGAAGAUCUCUGAAGAGCCUCCGUUGGCUAUAUCUACUGGAGAAUCUCAACUGGUCCGCUGCAAUCUUGCUGUAAAACUAUGACUCCCUUCUGAUCGGGAGUGGCUUCUCCAAGUAUCUGUACCACUUCGGUCGCGUCCUCUUUAGCUCCGUGCCCGAAGUCAACUGCAAGUCCUCA